CAGUCCCGUACUCACUGUGUCAGCGGCUUGAAUUAAAUGGUGCGUUACUACCGCGGGGAUCCUCUGACACGGUUGGAUUUUCCAUGAACUGUGACAGAUCGUUGAUCGAGGAACUUGUAAAGAACAAGUACAAGGCUGAAAUAUGCCAGAGGAAAAGAAAUCCGCUGGUGGUCCACCGGAAGUAACGGCAGAAAAUGGGACCGGAACGAACUCGCCCACGAAAAGUCCAGUUAGCAAAGGCAAAUUAGCCGUGGCUAAGAUCACUCUUCUCGAUGGAACUGUCAAAGACUUCCACAUCGAUAGAAAAGUGAAAGGCCAGGAUCUGCUCGAUAUGAUUUGUCAGAGCAUGAAUCUUCUGGAGAAGGAUUACUUUGGCCUUAUUUACGAAGACAGACACGACCCACGAAACUGGUUGGAUCUCGACAAGAGGAUCGCGAAAUUUAUAAAAAACGAACCAUGGAAAUUCAAUUUCGAGGUGAAAUUUUAUCCGCCGGACCCGGCCCAAUUACAAGAGGACAUCACUCGCUAUCAGCUAUGUCUUCAGAUUAGAAACGAUAUUAUCACGGGGCGAUUGCCCUGUUCGUUUGUCACUCACGCUCUGUUAGGCUCCUAUUUAGUACAAUCAGAGGUUGGAGAUUACGAUCACGACGAGCAUGGGCGUACUUAUUUGAAAGAUUUCAAGUUCGCCCCGAAUCAGACGCCGGAACUGGUUGAAAAAGUGAUGGACCUGCAUAAAACGCAUAAAGGUCAAACGCCUGCCGAGGCGGAGCUCCACUAUCUCGAGAAUGCGAAAAAGCUGGCAAUGUAUGGCGUCGAUCUUCAUCCCGCUAAAGAUUCCGAAGGUGUCGAUAUUAUGCUAGGUGUAUGCUCGUCAGGUCUGCUCGUUUAUAGGGAUCGAUUGCGAAUCAACAGGUUCGCUUGGCCGAAGAUCCUGAAGAUUUCGUACAAGAGGCAUAACUUUUAUAUAAAAAUCAGACCAGGCGAAUUCGAGCAAUUCGAAUCAACGAUCGGUUUCAAAUUGGCGAAUCACAGGGCGGCGAAAAAGUUAUGGAAGGUUUGCGUCGAACAUCAUACUUUCUUCAGGCUCAUGAGUCCAGAGCCUGUGAAGAAAGUAGGUUUGAUACCUCAUUUGGGUUCCCGCUUCCGGUACUCUGGAAGGACCCAUUAUGAGACAAAAAAGACUCCCAUCGAUAGGCAACCCCCGCAGUUUGAAAGAUCUUUGAGCGGUCGUCGUCCAACGUCUCGCAGUAUGGAUGCGUUAGGUGGACCUAAGCAAGUUGAAAGUUAUGGCUCUGAACCAAGCAAGAGGCAUACAAUGAGCUAUGAACCUGAAAUGAUUCCUGAUAUGGAGCACAUAGAUCAACGGCCUAGUCCAAUUAAAAAACAGAAGGAAAAGCUCACACGCAAAACAAGCGCUGGAACAACAUCAGCUAGCAGUACCAGUAGCCUGGAAGGAGAAUACGAUGCAGAUCGUGGCAAAAAGAAACCGGUCGGAGGAAUCGCGGUCCUACCGCCCGGUGGUCUAUCUAAGAAGAAAAAGGAUAAGCAAAACGAAAACGAAAAGGAGAAUCAUAAUGAUCUCAACAAUUCUGAACUGAUAAACGAGAGUGUUAUCCUUGACAGCAACGACGUAAAGUCGCCCAGUAAAAAAGAAUUGAAAAAGAAAGAUAAGGAAACACCAGAGAAAAGAGAUAAAGAAAAGAAAGAGAAAGUGAAGAGUCCCGUCGGUGUCUUCCUACUUGGCAAAAAGGAAAAGGAUUCGAAGCAGAAGAAGCAAAAGAAGAAUAAGGAACUGGAGGAAUCACUGGAAAAGAGCGAUACGGAAUCGAACCUGUCUACCUUGGAAAAACAAGCGAAACCAUUAACCGAAACAUCGAAUAUCGAAAAAACGAAAACCACUCCAGAGUCUCCGCAGCUCCCGAGCUACACGAAACCUUACGACUACGAAGAAACAGAAACUUCUCCGACAAAGAAACGUUUUACGCCACAUGGAUUUUCGUACGAGGAUAGGCCAGCAUCGCCAGGAGUACAGAAUCAACAGUCGCCGACCGGUGCAAGCCGUAAAGCUACAGGUUUAGCGUUCAAUUAUGCCCCGGGCGAGGAGAAAAAAGUUGCGGAAUCAGCAGAAAAGAGGAAAACCAAAGAUGCAGAUGCUAGUAAGCCACCAGCCGGAUUAAAGACCCCGGGACUGAAUUACGUGGAAUCUGCAGGCUUAAAAGAACAACAGAAAGCGGUCGUGCAACCAGAAGUUGAUAAAAACGCGUCAGCAGCUCUUAUCGCUGCUGAGCAACAACAACAACUUACUGAUUCCGAAGCUGGUACUGUUCUACCAUCAGCAACAGAACCUAAACCAGAAUAUCAUAUUUUGCCGUUGCCAGAUGGAUCGAAAGUUAUCGGAGGCGUUAUUUAUACCAAAGACGGUAAACCAUUGGAUCAACAUAAUUUAGGUCCAGAAAAUAGCAAGGUAAUAAAUGGGAAAGUCUGUACGAAAGAUGGAUAUCCGAUUAAGAAAGCAGAUUUUGGCCCCCAUGGACUUUAUGUCAAUAACGGCGUGGUUAUUGCUAAAGAUGGUAAAUCCGUGAACCAACAAACAUUAGGCGUCGAUAGAAAUUUCAUAAAGGAUGGCAUUAUAUAUGGUCGCGAUGGACAAAUAGCCGAUCAGGAUUUAUUGGGACCGGAUCACACACUAGUCAAAGAAGGUAAAAUAGUGAUGAAAAAUGGGAAAACAGUACAGCACAGCAAAUUGGGCAGCGAUGGAACGUAUGUAAAGGAUGGACUUAUAUUUUCGGCAGAUUCGAAACCACUUACACAGGGUUCGUAUGGUAUAGACGGAAAUUAUAUUGUUGGUGGGACAGUGUUCGAUAAAAGUGGUAAACCGUUAAAUCAAAGUGCAAUCAUACCCGAUAAAACUUACGUUAACGAUGGUUUAAUUUGUGGACCAUCAGGAAACACUGUUAACAGUGGUACAUUGGGUCACGAUGGCCACUAUAUAGCAGACGGAAAAGUUUAUUCGAAAGAUGGUAAACCGGUGAAGCACGAAUCUUUCAGUUCAGAUGGAUCUGUUAUAAAGGAUGGUAUAAUUUAUUCAAAGGACGGAAAGUUUUUGAGUCAAGGCUCUUUGCUUCCUUGUGGUGCUCAUUUGAAGGAUGGGAAAGUCGUUAGUAAAGACGGGAAAGCACUUAAACAUGCAUUCUACAAGCCUGAUGGAAGCUUUAUUAAAGAUGGUAUCAUACAUGGCAAAGAUGGUAGACCUUUAAGUCAGAUUCCUCUAAUAGCCGAUGGAAGCUAUAUCAAGGAAGGCAUUGUAUAUAGUGCUGAUGGUAAACCGUUAUCACAAAAUCUGUUCAAACCCGAUGAUACCGUAGUUAAAGAUGGCAUAAUUUAUGAUGCAAACGGAGCGACCUUGACGGACACUUUCCUUGGGCCGGAUGGAAUGUCGAUAAAGAAUGGAAGUUUAAUCGGAAGGGAUGGUAAACCCGUGAAGCAAGAAUCUUUCGGUUCGAAUGGAAGUUACAUAAAAAAAUACGGAAGUUAUAUCAAGGACGGUAUUGUGUAUGGUGUUGAUGGGAAACCGUUGAAUCUAUGCUCGGUUCUUUCGGAGGACAGUUACGUUGCGAAUGGAGUAAUCUUCGAUUCGAGUGGUAUGCCUCUGAACAAAGGUAUGUUUGGAUCUGAUGGUUCGUACGUUGCUGGUGGUAUGGUUCACGGGAAAGAUGGCCGAAUAAUUUCGGACGGUGUGUUUGGACCCGAUGGUAACAUUAUUAAAAACGGUCUGAUCAUUGGUAGAGAUGGAAAACCAUUAACUCAGGAUGAUAAAGGACCAACUAAGUUAGGGGUAAAAGACGGAAAAAUUGUUGAUAAUCAAGGAAAUCCCACGAAUUUAGCGUCGAUUGUUCCAGACGGCUGUUACAUUCUUGAUGGUGUAGUUUACGACAAAAACCAGUGUCCUUUGAAACAAGGGGCAUUCAAACCCGAUGGUAGUUAUAUCCGAGAAGGUCUUGUAUAUGGAUGGGGUGGUCAGAUGUUAAAUGUUGGUUCACCGCUGCCUAGCGGAUGUUACGUCGAAGAAGGUAGAAUUUACGGGAAAGACAAACAGCCUUUGAAUCACAGUUCAUUUGGUACUGACGGUGGAUACAUUGCUAACGGUUACAUUUAUGGUAAAGACAAAAAACCACUUAGUCAUGGAACAUUUGGACACGAUGGUAGUUACAUAAAAAAUGGUCUGUUGUAUGAAGGAAAUGGGAAACCAUUGUACAAAAGACAAACAGUAAUUACUGUUACAUCUGUGCGGUAUGGAUUGGUGUGUGGUAACGAUGGUAAACCAUUGAAAUAUGGUAACUUCGAUUUCAACGGCAGUGUCGUUAAAGAUGGAAGAAUUUAUGAUCAUACGGGACAACCUCUAAAUCAAGCUUCCUACAAAAACGAUGGAAGCUCCAUCAAAGAUGGCCUCAUUUGUGGAAGCAAUGGAAAACCAGCGUCUCAAGGAGUAUUACCCUCGGAAACUAUUUUCAUUAGAAAUGGAAAGAUAUACGACACAAAUGGACAUCCACUUACUCAAGAAGCGUUUGGUCCUGAAGGCUUAAAAGUAGUGCAGGGAGUCGUGGUAGAUAAGACUGGUAAACCCUUGAAGCAAGGAAACUUUGAUUCCGAAGGCAACAUUAUUAAAGAGGGUGUUGUUUGUACACCAACAGGCAAACCUCUUGAUAAAUAUUACACGGUGAUUACCGUCAGUUUAGUGCGUAAGGGUUUGCUGUGCAACCAAGAUGGGAAACCAGUUAAACAAGCUCCAUUCUCGAACGAUGGUACCUAUGUUAAGGAUGGCAAGAUUCAUGACAAAUUUGGAAAACUAUUGAAUCAGGAAAUCUUUGGGGAAGAGGGUGCGUUUGUAAAGGAUGGUAUGAUAUAUGCCAGCUCUGGACAGCCAUUGGACAGUGAUUCUAUUUUGAAGGAAGUACAAGAUACCACGAAGCUUGUCUCCUCGAAAGCCAAGAAACCUGUACCUCCAAGCACUACUCCAACUAUCGUUAAGACUACAACUAAGCAGUCAGUAGUGAAAGAUCAAGAAGGCCUGACACAAAAUAUAGAAGAGAAAAUUGAGGACCUUACACCUGGAGGCACAGGCCAAGUAAUGGUUUCUACACAGAUUAACAAGGCAGAGGCACCAGACGAUGGUAGAACUCCGUACAUGACAGCAACUGCUGUUACCACACGCACUGCUACAAUGCACGAGGACCUUGAAAAGAAUCAAAAGACCAGUCAGGUAGAAGAAAAGACUGUAGCGCAUACAACCGCAACCAGUGCGACGAGACAAGAGCAGAGAGUAGUAACGCAAGAAGUUCGAACAACGAGUCACGUUUUGUCUGGUGAACAGCUGUUCUCACGAAGGCUCAGUACAUCCAGUUCAAGCAGUGAUGAUUCAGGUACUCCAAUUGACCUUGAAGAUGAUCAGCAGGCUUUCUACAAUCAAUAUUAUCAGAAUGAUCCAGCUGGUGUUGUGGCAACCGAAACACAUGUUUAUAAAGGAGAACCAGAGAAUAAUGUAACAACAACUACCACAGUCCCACUAGUAGCAACCGAGACUAGGAAAGUAGCUGUUGAAAGCGACGAUGGUUUGUAUAGUGCAACGGGAGAAAUAGUCAGUUCGCAAACAAUAUCCAGUAAAACUCGUACCGUUGAAACAAUAACGUACAAAACUGAAAGGGACGGAGUCGUAGAAACUCGUGUAGAACAAAAAAUAACGAUACAGUCAGACGGCGAUCCAAUUGAUCAUGAUCGAGCUUUAGCAGAAGCGAUCCAAGAGGCCACUGCGAUGAAUCCAGACAUGACAGUCGAGAAAAUAGAGAUUCAACAACAAACAGCGCAGUAAUUGAUAUAAGAACAAUCUUGUAAGAAAUA